UUUGUUAUUUUGGGUUGUUAAAAGUAAUAAGAUUUAUUUGAUAGAAACAAUAAUUUGAUUUCUUGUUAAUUAACGAUUAAUAUUAAUAUUAUUAUUCAUAUUUUGAUUUGCAAUUAAUGCUAUUAAAUUAAUUAAUCGAUUCCUUAUUAGUAUUAUUUAGCAUUGAAUACUAUCUAAGAUAUGUAAUAAACAUCAAGGAAAUUUUAAGAAGUAAAAAAAAUAAAUGACAUUCCAUUUUAGCAAGUAUAGAAUUUAUUCCAUAGGAAUAGGGUAUUCAUGAUGAAGCAUAACAUUCCUGUCCCAUAAAAUAAAGUGAACUAUAAGAAGAAGAACAUUAACACUGAUUUAACCAGCGAUUCUUUAAAAAAGUUGAAAAAUAUGAAUAAAUCAUUAAAUAUCAAUAUAGGUGAUAAUAUAUUUGGUACAGAUCAGCCUUUUGGGCAAAAUUAAAAUUCUUAAAAAUCAUUUCUUCAUCUUGAAGACAGUUAAGAUUAAUAUGCAUAAAAACUUCAUGAGCUCCUUUCAACUUCAGAGAGUUUUUCAAAACACUUUGUUAGUAGCAAUUAAAAAAUGAAUAAGCAGAUUUAAAUUGAUUAUGACAAACAAAAAUAAAGAUUAAUGUAUGGGUCUGUGAAUCAAUCAAGAACAUUAACCUCUAAAAACAAAUCGAAAAAUAAAUUAAAUCAUAGAAAUUCCCCAUUUAGAUAAUCUUCUUCACAAAGCUUUCAGCAUUUUAAUGAAAAUGAUUUAUGUGAAAAUCACUACUAAAAUGAAAUUGAAGGAUACAACUACUAACCUGAAUACGAACAAUAUAAACAUUCUUUUCAAGUAUUUGAUAGGUAAAAAUAAACAGGGAUACAUUAAGACUAAAUACUUUAUCCAAAGUCUCCUUCUUUCAGCUUCGAUUUGUAUUCUCAAAGGAAAGACCUGUUCAAAGGAUCAAAAAUAGAUACGAAUAGCAACGAAUAUAGGUUUAAUAAUUUUAUGAUUCAUAAGGUUGACAAUCGUCAUACUGUUGACAUUUAAAAGUAAACAAAUAGGAAAUAUGAAGUUUUUGAUUGUUAGAUGUCUGAAAUAAAAUAUGAUAAUGUAUGUGAAAUUUAUCUAAAAAACACUUAUUCAAAUACACUUACAAAGUGUCUUGUAGAUUAUAAUAGAGAAGAAAAAGAAGCAGAAAGAGUUUAUUAUAACAUAUAAAAAGAUGUGCCAAAAACUGAUUUAGAAGUAGAGAAUAUUAUCAAAGGUAGAGAAAUUGCUUCUCCAUUUAAAAAAUCACCUUCUCCAAAUUUAAAGAGAUCAAUUGGCAGAGAGAAGAAAAUUAAUUUUUAUCCCAAUUCUGUGAUGUGCCAACCUGUCAGUACUAUUAAGAAACAAAAAAACGAAAGAAGAUACAAUUCAGCUAUGAGAAAUUAAAAUGUAUAACUUCAAAUAUAAAUUUAAGAAGAAGGCUUACCAAUAAACUUCAACUAAGCAAGCACAACAAAAAGGCCAGAGUCAAAUAAACAAAGACCCCAUUCCAGAGAGGAUAAGUACAAAAGAAUAAAUACAGCUUAAGGACUUGAUAAUGAAUAAAGUUAAUAGCCUAAAUUAUUUAACAAUAAAAGAAACCCUCUUUCUUUGUUUAGAGAGAAAAGAAGAAAAAUUCAUUAAAUGCUAAAUAUUGAUGAUUGA